AACAGCGAACUUUAUUGUUUAUGAAUUGUGAACUCAAUCUAUGGUAAACUUACGUUAGCAGUUUUCGUCUGAAUUAUUCACUAUUUACUAUAAACUAUUUUCAUAAUUGUGAUAAUCAAAGAAAUAUAUAAAAUAAAUAUAAAAAUGAUAAAAGAUUUCAUAAUUCCUUUAAACAAGGAUGAACUUUUAACAUCACAUGCUGGACAGUAUUCUGUAGAAAAAAUUAUUCCACCGGGAAUGGUAUCAAAAGCUUUAGAUGCUUCUAGAAUUACUUUGCAAGCAGAUGGAGCAAGUUUUAUUUUAACUUGUUUUGAUACAUUUUUUGCUGUUUUGGUCCAUGGCAAUAAAAUAGAAUUACAAUUUGCUUUUACUUCUUUUAGAAGAAUUUUUAAAGGGAUACAAAUAUUGGUAACAGAUUUGGAAAAGAUUUUUGAUCAAGGGAAAGAAAUAGAAGAAGAAGAAAGACCGAAACUCUUAUGUGUCAAUAAAAUGUUGGCUUAUUUAGUUUCACAAUUCAUUUGUCAUAUAAAUGAACAAAUAAGUAAAAAUUCAAGUAACAUACAAAAUUCUCGUAAAAAGAAUGCAAAAACUGAUGAAGAAGAUAAGUGGGACGAUGAACGACAGAAAGUAUUAGAGCUUAUAUAUCGAUGGCUACAAUUGCCAUUACAAAAAAUUUGGAAACCUUCAAUUGUUGAAGAUUCAUUUGUAACAGUAUUAUCACAAAUAUGUUAUAAUGUAUUAGAACACUGCAGGGAUAUCAAACAGAAACAUACAAGACAAACAAUUUUUGAGAUUUUGGGAACUCUUAUUAAAAAGUACAACCAUGGUAUAAUUUGUAUUGUAAGAAUUGUUCAGCUAGUAAAAUUGUUUGACACAUUGCCGGCUUAUAUGGCCACUGGUGUUGUAUACAUGGAUGUUGAAUGUGGAUGUAAUGGUCUUUUAAAACAAAUAAUAAAAGAACUUGAUCAAACUGAACCAGCAGAAGCAGAAAGUCGCAAUAUAUCUGCGUUUUUGGAAAAUAUAGCUACUUUGAAACCUGAUAUUGUGUUACCAAUCAUGAAUAAUAUAUUGGAAUAUCUUACAAAUGAAUAUUAUAUUAUGAGAAAUUGUGCCAUUGGAAUCAUAGGCACAAUAGUCCCAACAAUGUUGACAAAUGAAGAUCUUACUCCAGAACAAAAAGAACAACGAGAUGAAUGUCUUAAUAGCUUAUUUGACCAUAUAUUGGAUUGCAAUGCAUAUGUAAGAUCUAAAGUACUGCAUGUUUGGCAAAAUUUAAGUUGUGAAGGAGCCAUACCUUUAGCAAUGCAAGGGAAACUAUUGAAUGGUUGUAUAUCACGAUUGCAAGAUAAAAGUGCAAAUGUUCGAAAACAGGCAUUACAAUUAUUAAGAACAUUACUUCAAAGUAAUCCCUUUGCUGCUAAGUUAGAGGAGAUAGAAUUUUCUAAAUCAGUGGAGAGAGAAAAAAUAAAAUUAAAAGAAUUACAGACACUAUUUGCCUGUAAUAGUGAACCUGGAGAUAUUGAAAGAUUAGAACUCUGGAAUACUUUACUUCCAGAUAUAAAAGAAGCUAUUAAAGAAAUUAUAGAAAGCGAUGAUGAAAAUAGGGAGAAUGAUAAAGAAAAAACAGAUGAUGAUGUUGAUCCAAGCUUAGCAUUUGAAAAAAUAAGACAGUUAAUAUUAAAUGGAAAAGUUUUUGAUGCUGUCUCAUAUUUAUGGACAAUCUGUACAAAAUUGAAAGAUACUCCUAAAAUAGAAAACCUUUCUUCUGAGGCAAAAAAAGAAUGUUUAUUUACUUUUUUAUUAAAAAUUUUUAUGGAAUCAGAAGAUAGAGUAACUAAAGAAAACGUAUCACAAGAAAAGAAAAAGCAAAAAGAAGAAAUUAAAGCACAAAAACGACUUAUAAAUUAUUUAGAGAAUUCUUUAGAAUUUGCAACAAAAUUAAAAAAUGCUAUACCUUUAGUGGAAGCAUUACUUUUUUCUACAACAUCUAGUGAUGCUGUUGAAGCAUGUACUUUACUUGGCAUAGCAUGUCAAUUCGGUGUAACAGGAGCAACAGCUUCAGUGAAUAAAGCAUUGUUUCAAGUACUACAUAAUGAUCAAUCAGUACGCCGCAAUUUAGCUAUGGUGUAUAAGCAAAUAUAUCUUGAUAACACUGAGCCCCAAAAAUCAGCUAGACAAAGAGCUAUUACUUGUGUAAAGUCGUUAAUUAAUUUGGUGAAAAAACUUCAACCUGGGCAAAGUUCAUCAUUGGAAGAAUUAAUUAGAUUAUGGUAUAGUAAUAAAGAAAUAAGUGAAGAAACAUUACAGGUAUUAUGGGAAAUAUUUUCAAUGAAAUUACCUGAUACAACACCAAUAGAGAGUAGAGCUGCUUUAAUAUUAAUAAUGAUGAUAGGUCAGACUGAGAGUGGAGUAAUAGUUGAAAAUUUGGAUGUAUUAGUGAAAAUUGGAUUAGGACCACGGGCAAAAAAUGAUCUUCUUUUGGCUCGAGAUAUCUGUAGAACUUUACAGAAAAUUAAGCAAGAGAAUCAGAAUAUUGAAGCUGCCCCUAUUAGGUAUCCAAAUAAUCACAAUAUGUUCAAAGAAAUUAUUAUACUUUUAAAAGAUAAUUUUUGUAAUUUGAAAGAAAAUGGCUAUAUUUCAUUUGCUACUGAUGCGAUUAAUGUAAUAUAUAAGUUAGCUAACCAACCUCAACAUUUAAUAAAGAAUUUUUUAUUGGAUACUUACAAAAUUGAGCAGUUUACUGCUGAAAAUGAUAAAUCAAUAGUUAUAUCUUCCAUUGUAUUAUCAAAAUUAUUACAUAUAGUUGGACAUGUUGCUAUAAGAGAAAUGGUCCACUUGGAUACAGAAAUAUACAAGGAAUUAAAACGAAGAAAUAAUAUACGAGAUCUAAAAAAGAAUAAGAAUUUAAAUAAAGACAAUUCAAAACAAAAUGUAACUAUAACUAGUAGUAAUAGGAGUGUACGUAAUAAAGAGAAUUUACAAGAGGAUAAUGGAGAAGAUGCUUUAGAAGGUGCAGCAGAUGAUACUGAUGCUGAAUUUAUAAAUACUGCAUUAGAAUCUGAAAUAGUAACUGGUAAUGGAUUACUUACAAAAUUUGUGCCCAUUGUAUUAGAUGUAUGUCAACAUCCUGAGAAAUAUGGUAAUGAAAAUUUACAAGCUGCAGGUACACUAGCUUUGUGUAAAAUGAUGACAGUAAGUUCUGUAUUUUGUGAAACAUAUCUUCAAUUAUUGGUUACGAUAUUGGAACGUUCACCUUAUCCAGGAAUCAGAGCUAAUGUUCUUAUUGGUCUAAGUGAUCUUACAACUAGAUUUCCUAAUCAAGUAGAACCAUGGACAAAACACAUAUAUGGGAGACUUCGAGAUGAAAAUAAACACGUACGAAGUACUUGUGUUCGGGUACUAUCUAAUCUCAUAAUGAGAGAGAUGGUGCGCGUUAAGGGUCAGGUAUCAGAAUUAGCUCUUUGUAUUAUAGAUGAAGAUAUUCAAAUUCAACAAGAUACUAAACAUUUUUUCAAAGAACUUUCACAAAGGGGUUAUGCUCUUUAUAAUGUGAUUCCUGAUAUAUUAUCACGAUUAUCUGAUCCGCAAAUAAAUCUUAAUGAAAGCCAUUUUCAAGAAAUUUUUGGUUUUAUUCUGAAUUUGGUACAGCAUAAAAAACAAAUUGAUACAAUAAUCGAAAAAAUUUGUGCGAGAUUUAAACUUGCUACUACAGAAAGACAAUGGUGUGAUCUUUCUUAUUGCCUUUCAAUUUUACCGUUUAGUGUAAAAAGUAUAAGACGUUUGAUUGAAAGUUUACCUCUUUUAAAAGACAAGAUACAUCAUAAACAAGUAUUAAAAACACUUCAAGGUAUAAUAGAACAAACAAAGAAAAAAUCUGAUACCAAAUCUGUAUGUUUGGAAUUAGAAGAAAAAAUAAAAGAGUUAUUAGAAGGGUCUGAGAACACUGAAACAAAUGAUAAUAUUUUGAUGCCACCACCGAAAACGUUAUUACAACAAAAGUCUCGUAUGGGAAGACAAAAGGAUAGCGAAGAAGACGAAAAUUAUUCUGAUACUGAUAUAGAUUCACAACCUAUAACAAAAAAAAAUCUCACUCCAAGCCAUACUAGAAAGAAAAUUCGUGUCUCCAAAGAUAACUCCGAUUCCAGUUCAGAAUCAGAUAAUGAAGACCGUGAACAAAAAGUUACAUCGAAUAGAAGUAGUACGAGAUUAAGAAGCUAUCGAAAAGUUAUGAACUCAACUCCAACUACACAGUCUCCAUUACCAAAGAGAAAUAAAUCCAGUAAAACAGUAAAAAUGUCAAACAAAACACCAGUAAGAACACCUAGACAAAUGACAGAACGAGUUUCAACCCGAUCGUCACGAUUACAAAAAUAAUAAUAAUAAUACAUAAAAAAUAUUAUCAUAAAGAUAAAAGAUUAAAGAAUAAAUAUUAUCAUAAAGAUAAAACAUUAAAGAAUAAAUAUUAU